AAUAAAGUGAUGCCUAUAAUAAAGUGAUGUUAGACAUCGAAAAAACUGAUCGAAACUGUUUUAUUCCUUAAGUGAACGUUGUCUGUAACCAAACGUAGUCGCCUACUAGUAAGAAAAAAAUGCACGUUUACACUUCAUUGUUCUGUUCUGAGGACAGGUUACGAAUUUUCUGAAAACUGCGGGUGGUCCGACGAGCAACAGCAGAUUAAGACACCCUACAGAGCAUGCAGAAACGGGACAUUUAACGAUGGAUCUCGAGUCAUGUGCCUAGAGUGUAGCUCUUGCCCUCCGCCACAGUUUACUGCGUCUGAGUGCAAAAACACCUUGGAUGCCAUCUGCUGUAAACAAGGAGAGCAGUUUUCUGACGGAAGAUGUAACGUCAUCCCUCAACCGUCGCAGACCACAAGGAUGACAGUAAUAACGACUGCGAGAUCGAAUGUCCUCAUAACAAGCUCUGUUGCCAGCUCAAGCCCAACGCCAAGCCCUCAAAACUUUCCAGACCCCUCCCCAAGCACCCAAAACUAUAUUCCAAGCCCACAAAGCUUAAUGCCGAACCCCUCUCCAAGUUCAAUUGAAGGGUCUCGUUCACAUUUCAUAGGGAUCUAUGCAUGUUUUGGGAUUUUUUCAUCUUUUAUGCUGGUUUGUCUCUUUCUGUUCAUCAGGAGGAGGACUAAAUCUUUCAACAAAGAGUUAAAAAAAUGUUGUGAUGGAGCAAGUCAUGAAAGCCUGUCCAAAAGGGGCAUUACCAGAUAUGAGCAGGCCAUCUCAUACAACAUAAUCAACGAGGGUCAUAACGAGCACGCAACUGGAUUGUCGCACCUAUUAGCACCUGAGGUCCAUGGUGCACCUCUAAAAACGGUGCUGAACAACUUGGAUGUUCUUGAGGAGCUUGUGUUGGUGUUAGACCCUGACAUUUCUGGGGCCAAAAACACUCGCCACCUUGCUGCCCAGUGCUCCUUUUCCUUUGCCUGGAUAAAUUAUGCAUAUUCCAUGAAGGACCACAAAAGCCCCCUUGUUGCCAUUUUGGAGGGUGUCGUCACCAAGAACCCAGACUGGACUGUCGGCCACCUCGCAGAGUUGCUAACUGCUAUCGGUCGUAACGAUGCAGUGGAGAUUUUGGCGAAGCUUCCUGCAGGUGUAUAA